AUGAUAGAACCUACUCUUUAUGUGAAGAAGUCUGAUGACUUAGUGAUGUUUAUAGUAGCUGUUUAUGUGGAUGAUCGUUUGUUAACAGGGCCUGAUGCAGCAUACUUAGAGAAUUUCAAAACUCAGAUUAUGACUGAAUUUGAAAUGAUUGAUUUGGAGCUCAUGAGAUACUUCCUUGGUAUGGAAAUUAUUCAAACUGAUGAGCUGAUCAUGAUUCACCAAGCUAAGUAUGCCAGAGAUUUGCUGAGGAAGUUUAAGAUGGAGUCUUGUAAACCAGUUUAUACAACAUUAGCUAUAGGGGAUAAACUGAUUAAAAAUGAUGGAGCAGAUGAGGCCAAUGGUCUAAUCUAUAGAAGUAUAAUAGGGUCAAUACUGUAUCUAGCAGCUACAAGGCCUGACAUCAUGUUUUCAACUAGCUUGCUUUCAAGGUUCAUGCAGUCACCAUCUGAAAUACACUUCAAAGCAGCUAAGAGGGUGUUGAGGUACAUCAAAGGUACGGUGAACUAUGGAAUUAAGUAUAGUAGGACUGAUAGUAGUGAACUUCAAGGAUAUAUAGACAGUGACUGGGCUGGGUCACUUGAUGAUUCAAAGAGCACUAGAGGAUUUUGUUUUUCAUUUAGUAGUGGUAUGUUUUCUUGGAAUUCGAAAAAGCAGGAAGUGGUAGCUCAAUCCUCAGUUGAGGCUGAGUACAUUGCUAUUUCAACUGUUGUAAAUCAUAUCCAAUGGCUCAGGAAGAUAUUAGUUGACUUGGGGAUUUCCUCAGACUAA